GAGAAUAGAUCAAGAAAUAUGGAAGCUCUUCUUGCAUUACUAGCUUUAGUCAUCCAGAACACGGCUCUGGUCAUCCUGUUAAAAUUAUCUUUCCGGGAUGGCGCGGAGCCUUACGAUCCGAGCACAGUCGUUCUCAACGUGGAGAUCGUCAAAUUGUUUGUUUGUUCUUUGACCCUUUGGCGGCACUCUGCGGACCUCCUCUUGCGUGCUUUUGGGGAAAUACCGGGUCAGCAUUUGUUACUCGUUCCAUCUGUUCUCUAUGUUCUGCAAAACAACCUUCUUUUUUGGGGGGCACAGCGCUUGUCGCCGAUCGUUUACAUCGUCUGUUCGCAAAUGAAAAUAUUCACAACCGCGCUUGUAAGUCGAAUUCUGUUGGGAACAACGCUUUCCACCACACAAUAUUGGUCACUUGUUUUUCUUGUUAUUGGCAUAAUAAUCGUGCAAGGGGAGGGUCUAAAGAAGCGGGAUCAAUCUGUUGGUCCUGGUUUCGACAGCUUUGUUGGUGUAGCGGCCGUUUUGCUUGCUUCGCUCACCUCAGGCACAGCUGGUGUAGUGCUGGAAAAAGUUUAUAAGGCAGGACAGCGCAAUUCGAACGGCUCAGGAAGUGCAGUUUGGGCCCGGAAUAUUCAGCUGAGCAUCGUGUCCUUACCGUUCGCUUUCGUCGGCACUCUGUUUCAGGAUGCCAGGAGCGGGCAGUUCUGGACAGGAUAUGAUUCAGUUGUAGUGAGUGUGAUUUUGCUGCAAGCUAUUGGCGGCAUAAUUAUCGGCUUUGUUUUGAAGUAUGCCAACAACGUUUCGAAGUGCCUGGCAAUAUCUGUAUCGAUUUGUUGUUGUGCUGUAUACUCCGUCGCGAGAAGAGACGUCCAGUUAACCGCAUCAUUAGUUCUUGGUUUGCUGAUCGUUAGCGUUUCGGUUUUCGCGUAUUCUCUCAGUCCAAGUGGUGAUGAAACCAGGGAGCAAGAAACACAGAUUGGACAACCUUUAAAAGUGUUCGGAAGAAGCUCCGCACCUCUCAAGUAG